GUGACGUUAACGAACAAACCUAGCGCUGAGCUCUACUAAUAGCUCACCGUAGCGAUGAGUUCACGUGUUUGUUUCAGAUGUUCCUGACGUUACGUACCGCGGCUCAGAGACCGGCUGCUCGUUACUGUUAACUUUAGCAAACGUUAGCUAAAUGGAGUCAGAGAGGACUGAAGGAAAAAACAUGCGCUCUCAGAAACACAACGCCAGUGCCAACGAUAGAUGGGUGUUUCUCACCCCCAUGGUCAACAGCUGCAAGUUGCACCUUACCACUGUCAAAUCAGUGGUACCAGAGGGAGGCCAGAGGGUGACUGACUCUCAGGAUCUUGUUAAAGAAAAAUACAUGAAUACCGCCCAUCAUUUUAACCCAGAAAACAGGUUGCAUGCAUUCAGCCAGAGAGGACCUCAGGGGCCAUCGUUUGCCGGUGACUCUACAGAUUCCUCUGCACAUAAUCGAGUGCCACUAGCGAGUGGUGCUCAUGGUGGUUUGGAUGCAGUUUCACAAGAAGCUAGAGACAAAUCUAGGUUAUCAAUCCACAGUGGAGGAGCCACUUACUAUCGUAAUGCCUUAAACCUUCCCAGGCCAGCAGGUGGUUCUGGAGGAUAUAGAUACAAUGCAGUCCCUGGUUUUCCAUUCGCUCGAUUGCCUUGUGACAGUUUUGCAUCCAGUUGUCAACGAAUCGACUUGGACAGGCGUGGUCUGGAGGAAUGUCCCCAGCUGGGCAUUAUGGAUGGACUACAGCUUCUCAACCUCCAGCACAAUGUAAUCACAAUGAUCCAGCAUCUGUCGUAUCUGCAAGACCUUGUUUUCCUGAACUUGUAUGACAAUCACAUCUCUGAAAUGACUGGCAUUGAGGCUCUAAGCUCUCUCAGGAUCCUUAUGUUGGGGAAGAACAGAAUCCAUAAGAUAUGUUGCCUGGAAAGCCUGUCCAAACUGAAUAUCCUGGAUUUGCAUGACAAUCAGAUCGGCAGGAUAGAAAACAUGUCUCACCUGGGCGAGCUGCGAGUGUUGAACCUGGCAGGAAACAGCAUCUCCAGAGUGGAAAAACUGCAGGGCCUGGACUGUUUGACUGAACUCAACCUCCGACACAACUGCAUCUCUGUUGUGACUGAGGUGGACCGCCUGCCCUGCUUGCAGCGCCUCUUUCUCAGCUGCAACAACAUCACCAGUUUUGAUCAGCUAGCCUGCCUUGGAGAGUCACGCUCCCUUUCUGAGCUCACCCUGGAUGGGAAUCCUGUAGCCCUGGAGACAUGGUACAAGCAGGCCGUCCUGCGCUGUGUGCUUCAUCUGAGACAGCUGGACAUGAAGCGCAUCACAGACGAGGAUCGGCGCAUGGCUGGUGUACAGGCUCGGAAAGAGGAGGAGAAGAAGAGGGAGAGUCACAAGCAGACCAUUCAUAAGGAGAAGCGGCGUCUGGCAAUCCGUAAUGCAGCGCAGCAGUGGGAGGGUGUCAGGGCCUGCCUGGAGCUGCCACCAACAAAUGGUGCUAAAGAAGAAGUCAGUCCAGAGAACAGCCCUGCUCACAGCCCUGCCCAGACCAAUGGUCUGGCACAGGAGCCUUCUCCAGAUGAACCCAGACGGGUAAGCCCAGGUUCAGGACCGGAGCGACCAUCAGGGGGAACGGAGAGCCGACUCCGCACCAACAGCCGUCCAAACAGCCCUCGAGAUCCCAAGCUUUUGGAGGCAGGCAGCGGCAGUGUUCAGAGCUUGUCUCUCUCUGACAGUCACCUGGCGGAGCUGGAUGGAGACACGUUGCGUUUAUUCGGACUCGGAGCCCUGGAGGCCCUGGAGAGGGGCUGGGGAGUUCAGACUGCUGGUGCUGUCACUGUAAUAACUUUCCGCUACAUCAACUUUGACGCCAUUGUACCAACACUGCCGCGAAUAAGGGUCAAGUUCCCCAAUUUAUCGCACCUGAUCUUCUUGGAAACCAACAUCAGCCGUCUGGCCCAGCUAGCGGCCCUGGCUCAGGUGAGGCGUCUGGACCAGCUGACCAUCCACCCAGAAGGCAAUCCAGUGGUCAGUCUGGCUCUGUGGCGCUCCUUCGUCAUCUACCGCCUCUAUCACUUCAACCUGCAGAGGAUCAAUGGCCAGGAGGUGACCAUGAAUGAUGUGAUCGCUGCAGAGCGUGUGUUUGGGACACUGGGUCACAUAGCAGCCACCGAAACUCCACGUUGCCGGCUCCUCCUGCUGCUUGAGGAGUCCAGGAAGCGCCAGCUGCAGUUCCUGUUGGAGGGGCGUGGCCGGCGGGCCGGACUGAGUCCAGAAGAGCUGCGAGACAACGGGAAGCUCCUAGGGGAAGGCCUGAGCAGAGCGCUGUUCAACUACCCAAGCAGAGACUGUAGUGCAGAUAGCCCUGAGGAGGGCACUGUGGAGUCAUCGGAGCGUCCUGUCAUGAUAGAGCAGUACCUCCAGGAGUUGGUCCAAAGGGCGUCAGACACCAAUCUAAAGGGCGAGGCUCUGCACAAGCUUUGGCCCUCCAUGUUUGCAGAGAUGGUGAGGGACUGUGUGUUGGAGAUGAGGGACCAAGCAGCCUUCCGCCAAGCCAGCCUUGCAAAGCUGUCUGAGACCAAGUGAAGAGGACCAAAGGUUCACUCUUAGACACACACGUGCACACAUGUGGACAUAGCUUGCCUGGGCGCCUCCAGGGCUUCAUCUCAAACUCCCUAAUUCUAACACAUCAUCACUUAGUGACUUAUCACUGACUAUCAGUUAUUAAAAUCUUUGGAAACUGAAGGCUGUAUUUCCCUAGUGCGAGGGGAGCUCUUUCUUAGGACGGGUGUAGAUUGUUUUAAAGGUGUCUGAAGAAAUUCUCAUGACAAAGGCAUCUUGACUGAAUGUAGAUUUUCACUGAAAACACACUGUUUUGAUUCUUCAGUGCUCAGAGCUGUAAUGUACUUGAAGAAAGUUAAAGGGACUUAUUGACUCAGUGCAUUAUGGUCUCUACGGAGCAACCUCUGCACUUUAAAAGUCUACUGAAUGACCCCUCUUCACCAUUACUGUCAUCAUGUGCGAUGUCUCUUUUGUCGAGACUAGAAUGAUUUUUCUGUCUUAAAUCUUCUUUCACGCAUCGCUCUCUUACUUUCUCCUGCCUGACAUCAAAAGAAGGGCACGAACAAGGACAAGGACUUUUCUUUGUUUACCACUGAUUUUCUGUAUUGUACUUAGUAUUAAAAUAUUCUGUA